GAUAAUCGGUCUAAUAAUUAUUUCUUACUGUAUGGGGGUUGAACGCUGGAAACGGCAUUCGGUUCGGUGACUUAAAAUGCUAUCUGGACGUAUGCCCAAUCAAUCUCUAUAAUCUGCAGAGAAUAAUGGCAGUAAUGGCUCUUCAACUCCGCCACUUCCCCCUCUCCACUUCCCCUUCUUCGUCCAUCGAACACAAUUACGAUAUUUCUCGUCGCUUCCGUUAUCUUCCCCUUCCCAGUCACGGCACUCGCCCCCAUCUCCCAGUUCCCUCUAGCCGCAAUCGACGCUCUCUGGCCUGCGUUGGCAAGGAAGAUACCCAGUUGCGUCAACCGUCGUCCACCACAGAUGAACAGCCUGAAGCACAAGACCUAGAAUACAUUCGUCAGAUUCAAAGGGUACUGGAGCUUCUCAAGAAAAACAGAGACAUGCUCUUUAAUGAGGUUAAACUUACCGUAAUGAUUGAAGAUCCUCGGGAAGUUGAACGCCGGAGAUUACUUGGAAUUGACGAGGAUGACGCCCCAACAAGGGAUGAUUUAGCCGCCACUCUUGAAGAAGUCAAUGAAGGAAAGUUCCCCAAAAAUCGAGUGGCUCUCCAAAUGCUAGCUGAAGAGAUGACCAAUUGGCCCAAUUUGGAGGCUGAGGCACCCAAGAAGAAACGCAGUAAAUCGUUGUAUGCAAAAGCCACAGACACUGGUGUGAAUCCUCGAGAGGCUGCAAAGAGACUAAACAUCGAUUGGGACACUGCAGCUGAGAUUGAAGAUGCCGACUUGAGUGAUGACCCAGAAGUGCCUGCCGCUGUGGGAUAUGGAGCACUGUACAUAGUGACAGCGUUUCCGGUGAUAAUUGGCAUCUCAGUAGUUCUAAUCCUUUUCUACAAUUCUCUUCAAUAGUGCUUCUUCUAUGUGGCAGUAGGCGUGGCUGUGGAUGGCGGAUGUGGUGGUGGUCUAUGAGCUAUCGAGUUUGUAAUGCAUUCAAUUUCAAGCAAGGGCCAGAAUGAGUUCUUGAUGAAUUUAUGAGAUGGCAAAUGUUAAAUGCCGAAACACGUCUUUCAAGUUUCUCUCUUGUUCUUCUGGCAACAAUUACUAAGAGUGCUACUAAUACCAUUUGUUGAUUGCAUAGAUUGGUGGGCAGAGCCGGAGUCAGUGGUAUAAGAGUUAUAGUUUCCACAAAA